UCUCUUCCACUAUAAAUGCGUUCCCUUCUCCUUUUCAAUGCCAAUCCACUCCCAUUCUUCUACGUUAUUCCCACCUCCACCGAUCCCCUCCGUUCCUCCCGCAUCUUACUCCAGCCGGCGAACACCAUGCCUGAUUUCCAAAUCGAGACUCUUCUAAAUCUAAUCAACAGAAUCUUCUCAGCGUUUCUCACUUGCGCCUUCGCAUUAGGAGGAGCACUUAUCGGAAUAAUCACCGGCGCAAUCAAAGGGCAAACGACGGAAACGGGGCUACUUCGUGGAGCCGGUGUGGGUGCAGUCACUGGUGCGAUCACAGCGUUACAGAUCAUGGAUAUGAUGGCUAAUGGCGAACCAUUUUCGAAGGUAGCACUGCUGUGUAGUCUUCUAAAUGGGAAAGUGUUCGUUGAGUGGGUUAGUCCAGCUAUGCUUAAAGCUUAUCAAUGGCAGACGAAUGCAAUCGAGAUGAGUUUGGUUGACAUGUUCGACAUUGAAACCACUGGGACAAGAGGAUUAUCGGAAGAUGCUUUUAGUAGAUUACCAAAAUGCCGAUUUGCAAAUCGAACUAAGAUUAAUCAAAGGGAAGAUGAAUUCAAUGAUAUAAACUGUGCGAUUUGUUUGCAGGAUUUUGAAAAGGAAGAAGAAGGAAGAGAGCUACCAAGUUGCAGACAUGUAUUUCACUUAGAAUGCAUAGACGAAUGGCUUAUUAGGCAGGGUUCUUGCCCCAUCUGUAGAAGGGACGUUUAACGUUUAAUGUUCAUUUGUCUAAUACAAUUAUAACAGAAUUAAAAUAAGGGCAUAAACAUGUUGCAUUAUUUGAGACAAUUUCUUGUUUAUAAUUAAUAUAUAUAAGAGUUUACAGUA